ACAAAAUCUUUAUUUGCACGAGACACCUUCUUGGCGCAGUACUUCUGUUCUACCCAGCGAAGCGACCGGAGAGGAGUCAACUAUUGAUUGUCCAGUGCUCAAACAGGGGCACGUCAGGCUGUAAUUAACAGUGUCCUUGUCCUGUUCAUCUCCCAUGAGAGCGCCAAGCACCGUCCGCACACAGUCUCUAUAACCAUGUCUACGAGUAAACAGGAUCUCACUGCGUCUUCAGUGACAAUUUCGGACCAAGAUGUUGACUUGGGUAUAAAAGACACCAGGAAGAGCUCGGGCUCCCAGCGACUCUAUUGUGUGCUGGUCCUGGCUCUGGCCGCCAUUAUAGCUGUGUCGGUGGCCCUCGCUGUGGUGGUCAUCAGAAAAGACGAGGACGAUAAUAAACCGUCAGUACAAUCUGGAGCUGAGGCUAAUACCCUCACAUUAUCGAAAGAAGUCUGUAACUCACCUGAAUGUGUGCGGGCAGCUUCAAAAUUACUAGACUCCAUAGAUACUUCAGCAGAUCCGUGCGAUGAUUUCUUCCAGUACGCAUGCGGACAAUGGCGACGGAAGCAGGUGAUUCCAGAGGACAAGGCCAUCACCGGCGUCUUUUACCAGGUGGACGAUUCGGUGGACAUUACGCUCAAAUAUUUACUGGAGAAAAAGAUCGACGCGGAUGACAUCGAGGCAGUUCAAAAAGCCAAAAAGUUGUACAAAUCGUGCGUGGAUUUAGAUGGAAUCGAAAAAGAAAACUUGACAUCUGCAAGGAAGAUGAUACAAGAGCUUGGUGGCUGGCCUGUGGUGGACACGGACUGGAACGAAAACACUUUUAAUCUGACCAAGCUUCUGACAGUUAUAAGGAAAUACACCAAUAGUCCUCCUCUCAUGGAUAUGUAUGUCUAUGACGAUUCAAAAAAUCCAACAAGGAACAUCCUUUAUAUUGACCAGCCUGCGUUGGGGCUACCUGACAGGGACUAUUUCCUGAAGGGCAGAGACGAUCGCAAACUGUUGGCGUAUGAAAAAUAUGCCACAGAAAUGGCAAUUAUCUUCGGCGCAGACUCUGGAGAAGCAGCAGAUGCCAUGAAAGAAGUUGUAGACUUUGAGAUAGAUAUAGCAAAUGCUACCAUGCCGUCUGCCGAGAGAAGGGACGAUGAAAAACUUUACCACAAAAUGCAAAUCGAAGAACUCCAAAGGAGAUAUCCCCACUUUGAGUGGUUACACUAUUUUGGUGCAACGCUGGGACGAUCCGAUCUACAAAUAACCGUGAACACGUCCACACCUGUCAUCAAUCGAAAUCCUGCUUAUAUAGGCGAAAUAUUGAAUAAACUCUACACAAAAAACAAAAGGAUAAUACAAAAUUACGUCAUUUGGCUUGCUCUCAAAAUGAUGUCAGGAUCAAUGCCACAACGAGUUCGAGAUGUGUACGGCGAUUAUAGAGAGGCUUUGACUGGCUCUGCAGUACAGCCACCUCGCUGGAAAGUUUGUGUAGGUGGUGUCAAUGACAGAAUCGGCCUAGCUGUAGGAAAACCAUUCCUGGAAGAAACAUUUAACAGCAACGCAAAGUACAGGGCGGAUGAAAUGAUAGAAAACCUGCGAUCAGCGAUGAAAGAUUUGUUAGGCAGGAAUGAAUGGAUGGAUACAGAAACCAAAACCAAAGCCAAACGAAAGGCAGACCAAAUUCAGCCGAGGAUAGGAUACCCACCGGAAGUGAAAAAUGACACCUUCCUUAAUGAACGAUACAAAGACUACAAUUUCAAUGAGACAAAUUACUUCAGCAACGUACUUGCCUACUUGAUCCUUGGAACCAAAGAAAAUCUUCAAGAGCUCCCUAAACCUGUGGACAGAAAUAAGUGGGAAACGCCGCCAGCCACCGUCAACGCCUACUACAACCCAGCAAGGAACCAAAUCAUGUUUCCAGCGGGGAUCCUACAGCCUCCAUUCUACAAAAGCGGAUACCCACAAUACCUCAACUACGGAGGGAUUGGAUACGUCAUAGGUCAUGAGAUGACUCACGGCUUCGAUGAUAGUGGACGUCGGUAUGACGGGGCCGGCAAUCUGAAGCAAUGGUGGAGUAAUGCAUCUGUCACUAACUUCAAAGAGAGAGCAGAUUGCAUGUCUAAACAGUACAGCUCUUAUACCGUGGAAGAAGCCAACAAAAAGUUAAAUGGUAAACUAACGCUUGGUGAAAACAUAGCUGACAACGGGGGACUGAAAGAAAGCUGGCUGGCUUAUGAAAAAUGGCUGCAGAAGUCACGGAAUGGUAAACCCGAGCCCUUUCUUCCAGGACUGGACUACACACCAGAACAACUCUUCUUCCUGAAUGCUGCUCACGUGUGGUGUGGCUUGGUACGACCAGAAGAAGCAACAAGACGGAUCCUUGUUGAUCCACACGGAAAUUUCAAAUCAAGAGUUAUCGGCCCAUUACAAAACAAUGAGGAGUUUAGUAAAGCCUUCAACUGUGUGUCCGGGAGCAAUAUGAAUCCCAAAGACAAAUGUAUCGUGUGGUAGACAGAGUGAUUUCUAUAUACAGACUAAAAUGAAUUCCAUACUUUGUGAUAAGUGCAUUUGAUCAUUUUGUGUGAUUAUUCAUAGAGACAAUGAAUGUUUCUAAUUAUUAUAUUUGAAUAUCCUUGUUGUGGAUGUGUUGAAAUCACAUAAUCAUAAUUGUAAAUUCGUAUUGCUUACAUUUAUAUGUAUGAAUGUGUCUUAUUAUGGAUUUUUACCAUCACGAGACUUGUAUUUUGUUUUAUCUGACUUACACAAUGCAAAUCUGACACAAUUGUAAUGAAUUCUUAAGAUAUAUUCUUAAUAAAUGAUAUUUUAAAAUCUA